AUGGCGUGCUUUGGUUUUCAAAAUGCUUCAGAGUUCGUAGUGUUCUUGACAAGCCUUCUUGUGGGCGUCACCAUGGUGAUGGGCGUCAACGCUAUAAACUCUGCACCCAACUUCAUAUUAAAGUACUAUGAGUUCAUUGCAAGUCCUAAUUCCCAGCCUAAAAUGCCCAAAUUCUGGGCUAACAUUUUAAACUACUACACAAUAAUCACAAUUGUGGUGCAAUCUAUUCAUGAGCCUACGAAUGUCACCCCCUUUUUAUGCCGCUUCUCGCUGCUUUUCAGGCUAGAGCUGAGCUGCCUUGUCAUGAUGGUGGAGCUUUUGGUGAUCCUUUUGAUGCCGUUUGGUGGGACAUCCGAAGAAGGUGCAAUAGCUGGAAUGAUGAUUGCAGCCUAUCUCGGUGGAGUGGCUCGUGCUUACUUUGAAAAUACCGGUUACGCCCUCUUCGGCCCUUGCCCGUCCAAAAUGAUGUCAGCGAUGUUAAUUGGAUCGGCCUUGUCGGGGGCGAUCGUUUCGGUGAUGCAAAUUGUUCUCAAAGCAUCUAUGCCGGACACCCAUGACUCCAUCUUGCAGCAGUCCGUUUUGUACUUUUCUCUCACUUUGGCCAUUAUCUUUGCUGCGGGAGCACUAUUGUUCUUACUCCUACUCAAUCCAUUCGCCAAGCAGUUUGUAGCGGAGCUUCGCAGUCGACGAGGCUUUUGGCAGAAUAUUUAUCGUCCCUUGCGCCAGAGCGACACCGCCAACGCACCGCACGAAAAUGAUAGCCCACAUAAAGUUAGGGACAAUGAAGAUGCCUGUGAUUCACACAAUACUGCGACCUUCCCCGAUUCAGACGAAAUCAAGAGAGAUGCGUUAUCCAAGGUGGUGUCGGCACCGCCGGUCGCUUCAAAACAACUCACCCCAGUGGACAAUGCUAAUUCUGCCAAACAUAGCACGACUGGGGGCACCCAUGCGCAUCCUAUCUCUCUAAAGGAGGGGACCGACAUCAGCACAUCUGAGCUGCUGCAGGGUGUGAAACUUUGGCCUGUCAUCAAGAAAACCUAUCCGAUGAUGUUAUCAGCCUUCCUCACCUUUGGUGUGACGUAUCUCAUCUACCCAGGUAUCUUCUUAGCAGUCGACGCGAAUGAUGGUUGGUACACCACUCUCAUCAUGGCGUGCUAUAACUUCUGCGAUCUCAUAGGCCGUGUGGUGAGCAUGUGGAAGCGGGUGUGGCCGAGCCGCCGGUUCAUUUUGAUCGUCACCAUAGUACGAAUCGUCUUUGUUCCGCUGCAGCUGCUAUGUGCGCUGCACAUCAUCCCUGGGAAGACCGCCUCGUAUGUCUUCACCACGCUCUUGGGGUUGACGAAUGGGUUCUUUGGGACGCUGGCGAUGGUGUACGCCCCUUUUUCACCAGGGUUGGAAUCCGAUGCUGAGCAGGCAUUGGCUGGUCAGGUCUCUGGCGCGUGUUUGCUUCUUGGUUGCUCUGUAGGUUCUCUUCUUCAGCUAGCGGAGGUGAUCCCUUUCACUUAA